GAUGGAAAGUCUAUAUAAAGGAAGGUAAGCGAUGACAUUCACCAACACUUGUUCAAUUGCUAUUUCCUUUCUGUGCAAUGGCAAUCACAAUGAAAUACUUCUUCAUAUCUGCAAUGUUCAUACUUAUUUUCUUGUUCACAUCUCUGGAUUUCACUGCGGCUCAAAUCGGGGUAUGCUACGGACGGAACGGCGCCGGCCUACCCCCUCCGUCCCGAGUCGUGCAGCUAUUCAAGCAAUACAACAUCAAAAGAAUGCGAAUCUACGACACAUACAAACCCGCCCUGGAAGCCCUCCGCGGCUCGGACAUCGAGCUCACGGUCGGAAUCCUCAACAUGCAGCUCGAGGAGAUCGCCGCCAGCCAAGCCAACGCGAACCGCUGGGUCCAAAACAACAUCCGCAACUACGGAAACGUCCGCUUCCGCGCCAUCAUCGUCGGCAACGAGGUCAGCCCGAUCCGACCCGACACAGCCAGAUACGUCCCGUUUCUUCUCAACGCCAUGCGCAAGAUCCGCGCUGCCCUCGACGCCGCCGGCCUCCGCCAAAUUAAGGUCACCACAGCCAUCGAGACCGAGGUGGUGGACCCCACCACCAAUUUCCCGCCAAACAAGGGCGAUUUCCGGCGCGAGGUGAGGCCGUUUCUCGACCCGAUUGUGGCGUUUCUUUCCGACACGGGCGCGCCUCUCUUCGCCAACAUAUACCCUUUCUUCGCAUAUCUAAACAACAAGGCGCAGAUUUCGUUCAACUACGCCUUUCUGCAGCCGAACAGCGGCAUCACUGCGGACGGCGUUUACUACGACAAUCUCUACUACGCGCUCGUGGACGCCGUCAACGCGGCGCUGGAGAAGAGCGCCGCGAGGGUCUCGGGCGCGGCUUCUGCGGACCAGGGCAGGCCGAAGAAGCCGCCGCCCGAGGUGGGAGGGGGGGAGUCGGGCGUGCCGACGGCCGGGUCCGGGGAUGCGACGUCGAGUAUUGAGAAUGCGAGGAUUUAUAAUAAUAAUUUGGUGAGGGUUGUGAAGAAAGGGACGCCGAGGAGGCCGGGAAAGCCGAUUGAGACGUAUAUUUUUGCCAUGUUUGAUGAGAGUGAUAAGCCCGGCUCGGAAAUGGAGAAGCAUUUCGGGCUUUUUAAUGCCAAUGGGAACCCCAAAUACCCCAUGAAUUUUAAUUAGCUAAAAAAUCAUGGUUGAAGAAAAUAAAGGCCUUUUGUUAUGUUAUAUGUAGCCAUAUGUGUGUGCAAUUGCUUGAACUAUAAUAAAGAGUUGAUUGAUGGAA